GCGCCUCCACCGCUUCCACUCUCUGCAAUAUGGCGGCGCAGUGCGUGCUUUGCUGAGCGUCCAGAUCGCCGGCCCGCGGGCGCCAUGGUCUUCCUUACGACACAGUUGUGGCUGCGGAACCGCCUCACUGACCGCUACUGGCGGGUUCAGGAGGUGCUGAAGCACGCCCAGCACUUCCGGGGAAGGAAGAAUCGGUGCUACAGGUUGGCCAUCAGAGCUGUGACUAGAGCCUUUGUGAAAUGUACAAAAGCACGAGGAUUGAAGAAGAGGAACAUGAGGACACUUUGGAUCAAUCGAAUAACAGCUGCUUCCCAGGAGCAUGGCCUGAAGUACCCGGCCUUUGUUGGCAAUUUAAUUAAGUGCCAGGUGGAGCUCAACAGGAAAGUGCUUGCAGACCUGGCCAUUUACGAGCCAAAGACUUUUAAAUCUUUGGCAGCUUUGGCCAAAAGGAGGCGAGAAGAGGGAUUUGCUGCUGCCUUGGGGGAUGGGAAGGAGCCUGAAGGCGUGUUCUCCCGCGUGGUGCACUACUGCUGAGUAGUGCCAGUGUAUGACUUAAGAAAUUUUUUUCCCCACAAUGGUCAUACAACUAAAAUAGGAGUGAGAGGAAAGUUUUAGCCAACAGUUUCUAAGUCAAUUUACAAAUGUUUAUUUAUAUUUUAUUAGCCAGUGUGAGAGAAAGGUCUUGUCUUUCCUCCUUUUGGAACAGCUUCACAGACUUGUCUUAUGUAGAUCAUAAAAAUAAACCUUGUAUGGUGC